GUCUAACGGCUUGAUUUUUUAUCGAAUUUCGCCCGACACUGCUCGUUAGCACCGUGCUCCGUCGUUAUAAGGAAUGGAGGCGCGAUUUAAAUGUAACGUGCGGUGAAAUGGCCCGGCAUACGUUGACCUUUCACGGAUACCGUUGUUCCGCGUUUUGCGCACCGUGUGCCCUCGUCGCGGGAGGUGCGUUAGACCGUGCGGUUCCUGGCCGUCUGACCAGGUGGAGCGAGCAAGAUCGGCCUAAGCGACGUCACUCUCGUUGUUUCGCAGGGACAGGGGAAGUGCCCUUUGGGAGCCGGGCUUUUUUAGGCGGCCAUCGACUGGGCGAGUCGGCUAAAUGGCGCGAGGCCAACGAGAGCAAACCUCCGAUCCGCUGCCUGCCUCUUUCAGGUGCGGCGCGACCAGGCGGAGGCGCCCGGAGUGGGUCCGAAAUAAUCCUGGCUGAAAUAUUGGACAGGUAAAAUCACCGAAUCCAUGAUCAAUGAAACCAUUGUCUGCCGAUUACGUGAUCCCGGCUUUUUCUGCUUCCAGGAAACUUGCCGGAUGCCCCGGUCGAUUCGUCGGUGAAAGUGCAGGAAGGACUCGCGCCAUUUGGGACGGCUUGAGAGACAUCGGGAUUUCGAGUCCCAGGUUAAGGAAUCCCAGUAUCCCUGCAAGGGGAACGGAUGCAGGAAGGACUCGCGCCAUUUGGGACGCCUUGAGAGGUAUCGGGAUUUCGAAUCCCAGGUUAAGGAAUCCCAGCAUCCCUGCAAGGGGAACGGAUCGAUGAAUGAGAGCUACGAAAGAGGAGGAUUACGGAGGUACCCGUGGAGGGUCGCUCCCACGGGGCAGAGGGGACGACCGAGACAUCUUUUCGUACCUGUUCCACCUGAUACUCGGGAGCAGGUAGCCUCUUCUAUGGAAGACGCCCCUUCCGAGCAGGGCGCCGCUUACGCACCUGGCUCGCCUCGGUACAAGGUGACUCGACUCGAAAUCCAGGAGAUAUCUCCCGGCGAGCCUCGAUAUCCCUCUUACCUUGGCAAUAUAUAUCUUGAAAUGAUAACGAUUCGUGAAUUAUUCCGCAAAAUUGCCAUCGCUUAUUGACAAUCUGCCGAAAUCUAGGGAAAGGGAAAGGAGAGUAACCCCGAGGAACGGUCCAGUUAUCGAGUCAGAGUGUAGCCGGCCCUUCUCCCGCUCUCCAUUCUCUCAGGCUGAGUCGGAGUGGAGGAGCGACCUGGGGCUAAGCCGGUCGCGGAAGCCCUACCGGGUCGGGGACCUGGAAGAGGGAGCAGGUUGAACUCCCGAUCGAAGUCGGACGCGGAGUGAAAACCCGGUUCGGGCCCACGGGAGGAAGAGUCCGUUCCUCGAGAAUAGAGAGCAGAGAAGAGGAGGGAGGGAAGAGCCGGAACGCGGAGAGGACCCAAGACCUCGGGGACUGACCCAGAUCCGAGCGGGUCGGCGAGCGCGCUCGCACGCGGUGGAAUACCGGCGGAUUUUAUGAAAUGGGACGCGGCGCAGCCCGGAGCUAAAUUAGCCGCGAUGUCCAAUAAGAAUAAGUCCCAGCAGCAGCAACAGCAGCCGCAGCAGCAGCAGCUCCAGCAGCAUCCGGCCGCGCACGUGAUCAAACCCGUGGACCAGGUGCCACCGAGGUACCAGCCGCCUCCGCAGCCUCCUCAACCUACGGUCGGGAUCCUAAAGAAUCAUCCGCAGUUCCCGUCGACCGUGGCGCAGACCAACGGCGUCCCUGCCGUGGGUAUUAAUCUUCCUCAGGGCCAGCAACCUCGCCAGUUGCAGCCGAAGGAUGCACCUGGGAAGUUCCCCUCGAAGAUAGAUCACUCUCAGCCCGCGACGCUGCCGACAUCCCUGGCGACGACGUUGACGAACCCGAAGACCUCGCACGGAUACCUCCCGGGGAAGCUGCCUUCCCAGGGCCCCUUCUUGCCGCCGACCAGCCAGUAUCCUCCGACGAGUCAGACCGUGGUCAGACCCAGGAUCACCGACGAGGAGUUUCUCCGACUCGGCCCCGUGGAGAUGCUCAAGUUCGUCAGGAAGACCGAGAGCGACUUCGCGAGGGUCGCCGCCGAGCAGAACCGACAGAUCCAGAGUCUGCUGAGCGAGCUGCGAGCCCUGAAGGAGGCGAACCAAAGACUUAGCGACGACAACCAGGAGUUGAGGGACCUAUGCUGCUUCCUGGACGACGACCGGCAGAAGGGCCGAAAGCUGGCCAGGGAAUGGCAGAGGUUUGGCCGAUACACCGCGAGUGUGAUGCGCCAGGAAGUUUCGGCUUACCAGAACAAACUCAGGCAGCUGGACAAUAAACAGCAAGAACUGAUCAAGGACAACCUGGAGCUGAAGGAGCUGUGCUUGUACCUGGACGAGGAGAGAGGCGGAGGUCAGAGGGACGACGGAGAUGGCUCCAGCUCGAGUACAAACGCUGAAGAGACCGCUCCUCCGAGGACCAGACACGCGUCUACCUUCAAUGACCAAACCAUGCAGUACGUGAGGAGUCUGGAGCAACGCGUCAAGCAGCUCGAAGAGGACAAGAGCAUCCUCCAGGCGAGGACCCAGGGCUGGGAACCACCUCCUGGAGAAGUCUGGGAAAAUCCCAGCAGCCCCAACGGGAACCCUCACAUCACCAGCCGGCCCGAAGCGGUUGUCCGGGCUUUGCAAGUCCUCGAAGUCAGGGAACAGCUCGAAAGGGAGGCUGGCCACGAUGGAGAAAAAGCGCUGGUCCGCGAGAUGUGCAACGUCGUUUGGAGAAAAUUAGAGGAGGGCGGCCCACAAACGAGAUAUUAACUGGGUGGACCACGAUGAUCUCCUUUCGCACAUCUCGACCUGCCACGUUAUGAUAUUACGUUUGUUAAAUGUAAUAACUUAUUUCCUAAGCAGUACGCGGUAACGAAGCAUUGCCCUCUAGUAUUAUUAUUAGCGUAUGAUGUUAUGAAUUUCGAGAUUUUUAUGCGCCCACGAUUUAUGUAUAUUAUAUAUAUAGAAUGUUAUAAUUCUCGUCGAUAGGAUAUCUAUUUAUAUGAACCUUCGUAGUGCCGUUAGCCUUGCCUAGAUGACUGUUAAUGAACUCUAUUUUUUAUUAGAA